GUACACGCAUAUAUCAUUGGGCAUUUAAAAAAAGAGAUGCCCUCAAUGUUUGGAAAAACUUCGAAACAAAACGAACUCAUUCAACAGUUGGACAAAGAAUUUUUAAAGAUUCAACAACGUUAUCAUCUGGCUCCCGGCGAUUUUCCGAAUUUGGAAAGAUUCAAGCAAGGUCUUGGUCUCUAUCGAUUUGAUAAAUUCAACAGUCUGAACCUCAAAAUAAUUGAUAAGGUGGAAGAAGCACUAUCUGUUGAUUUGCCAAAACUAAUGACAAAGGUUCCACAGGGUAAUCGAAGGAUCACUCCAAUGGAGCGUAAUCCGUUCGAAACGGUGGCAUCAUCUUCACGAACAUCAGAGAGAAAUGACUUACCACCGGAUUACUGGGAUUUUUCUGCGGUUAAUAAGCAAGCAAUUAUGCCGCAAUUUAACGCAAUGAAACCUGUAAAUGGUAAGGUUCCAGGGUCGGCCGUGAAACCGGUAUUAAUGGAGACGGGUUUGGAUACUGCGAUGUUGGCAAAGAUUUGGAAUUUGACCGAUUGGAAUAAUGAUGGUUAUAUGGAUUCGGAUCAAUUUGCUGUUGCAAUGCAUCUGUGUAAGGCUGUCGUGUCUGGUGGGGAAUUACCUGAUGAGUUGCCACGAGCAAUGAUUCCAAAUAGAAAAUUUUGA